CGGCUGUCAUUUGAAGGCGAGAGCUUUAUUGAACCCAAAAUGGGGGAUAAUAAGCUCUACCUUUUCCUACUUCUAAGCAUCAUCGUUUUGACUGAUGCUCAAGAUGAGGAAACACCAUGCCUUUUGGACAAAAGGUACAGGAGCUUCCACAAAUAUGAAUACCUCUAUGAAGCGGAGUCCCUGAAUAGCCUGAAUGGAGCUAUCAAUGGACCCAGAGCUAGUUGCAAGGUUGAGAUUGAGGUUCCUGGCACAUGCCACUAUGUUGUGCACAUGAAAGAGUGCACGCUGAGUGAGGUCACCGGUGCUGAUGCAGAUGGAAACCCAGUGUUUAGGGCAGCUGCAGGUGCAGACACCUUCAAGAUUGAGAUGGAGAAGAACCCAUUAAAGGUCAUUGUGGAAGGUGAUAAUGACAUCAAGCUGUUCCCUGAGGAUGGUGAGCUAAUCAACAUCCUGAACAUCAAGAGAGGUAUCAUCUCUGCUCUUGCUGUGCCUGUGCUUGAGGAGGAGAGGAACAAGAGAAUGCCUACAGUUUUUGGUCUGUGCAAGACUGAUUACACUGUGAAUGCCAGAGAAGAUAUUGCCACUGACGUCACAAUCACAAGAGACCUGUCCAGAUGUGACAACUUCAGGCCAAUCAAGGACCACACCAGCCCCUUGGCCCUUAUUACAGGCAUGCAUUACCCACUUGCUCAGCUGUUCAGGAGCAAACAGACUUGUAACUACAAAUUUGACAAUCAGCAGAAGCAUAUGACCUCUGGUGAUUGUACUGAGACCCACCUUCUUGUGCCUUUCUCUCACAAGGGGAGGUAUGGAGUCAUGAAUGUUGGCAAACAGACAGUGUCUCUGUUGGGAGUAACUGAGCACAAUGAAAGAGUGUUUGAUUACAACGAGGCCAACAUGAAACCCCUGCAUCUCGAUGUCAGUGUUGAUAUGAGCCCAAAUCAGGAUGCAGAUGCUAUCCUUACCAUUCUGAGGGAGCUGGCUGGUCUUUCCCAGACCACCCAUGGAAACAAGAGAGCGCACCUGGCUCAGAGGCUUGUGGCUGUGAUCCGCAAGAGCAAUGCUGACACUCUGUCUGCAGCUUUGCCAGAGGCACUGGACAUUUCUCGUUCCCUGACCUACCAGGCUUUGUUCCAGUGUGGUACUCCGGCAUGCAGCAGUGCCAUGCUGAAAGUGCUCAGGACCAUAGGAAGCACCACUGCUGAAAUUGAUGCUGCAGUUUAUGCGAUGGGAUUGGUGCCCAACCCCUCACGUGCCCUUGUCAAGGAAAUGCUGGAGAUGGCCAGGUUCAAGCCCACCAAGCUCAUUUACUAUGCUACCAGUAAUGCUGUUAGAAGGCUCUAUAAGGCAGAGGGAAGGGUCACCCCUGAAAUUGAGGCAGUUGCUGAUUAUUUCACUGAAGAGACUGGUGACUGCACAGGUGACCAGGAGCACAUCUAUCUGACUCUGAGGGUGAUUGGAAACAUGGCUGCUGCUGUGGGUGCUGCCAGCCCUGACCUGAAAUCUGCUGUGAUCAAGUGCAUCAACCAGCCUGCUGCCUCCCCUAAAGUUCAGCAGGCUGCCAUCCAGGUCUUCAGACUGACACCUGUCCCUGAAGAGGGCAGAUCAGAUCUCAUGCAGGUUCUCUUGAACGGAAAUGAUCCAGUGCAGAAACGCAUUGCUGCUUACCUCAUUCUGAUGAAGGAUCCCCAACCUGCUGAACUUGAUCAGUUGGCUGCUGCUCUGCGUAAUGAAAGAAAUCUGCAGGCUAAGAGCUUUUUUAUAUCUCAUAUAACCAACAUCCUGAGCUCUACUGCACCAGAGACCAAAGAACUGAGGCAGAAGAUUCUUGAUGCCCUCCAAGGCAAUGAGGUUGAAAAGGUCAUGGAUCCCACCAAGUUCUCUCGUCACUACAAGAUUGGCUCUCUAGUAGGAAACAUGAUCUUUGAGAAAGCAAACAAACUGCCCAAGGAAGUCAUGCUUGAAAUGACCCUGAAUGCUUUUGGAUAUGACAUUGACAUGUUUGAGGUUGGUGUAGAGGGAAAGGGACUUGAACCAACUGUUGAGGCCCUUUUUGGUCCACGUGGUUUCUUUCCUGAUACCGCGAUGAAGACCAUUUUCUUUGCUAUGGAGAAGAUGCCUUCACAGGUUAAUGAGGUUUUGAGUAAAAUUAUCCCAUUGAAGAACCACAGAAAAAAGAGACAGGCCUCUCAAAAUAUCAUCAGAGAUAUUUCUCAAAAUGUUGAGAAGUUGAUCAAGGACCUGAAGGCCCAAGAUACUCCUGAAGCUAUGCUCUACCUGAGGUUACUGGGUGCUGAGCUUGGCUAUCUUCAGAUAAAAGAUAUGGAGGAGUUGGCUUACUCUGUGGCAAAGGUGGUUGAAAAUCUUUUGAAGAUGUUCCCCACUGAUUUCAUCAAAGGCCUGUUCUCAAGUGUUGACAAUGAGCUUUUCCUUCAUUACAUCUUCAUGGACAAUGAGUUCUACUUACCUACUGGUCCUGGUGUCCCACUGAGGGUUGCUCUGUCUGGUACCUUUGCACCGGGGGUCAAAGGAGGACUGAAAAUUGCUCGUGACAUGAGUGAGAUUGCUUUCAUGCCUUCUGUGGGCGUUGAGUUUGUGGCUGAGAUUGGUGCUCACCUCCCGGACUACGUUCACUCUGGCCUGGAGAUGCACACCAACAUCUACCAUGAGAGCGGUCUUAGUGCUAAGGUCGCUUUGGCUCACAACCAGAUCAAAGUGACCAUUCCUGCUCCUGAUGGUUCAUCUAAACUCCUGAGUAUUACCAACACUCUAUUGUCUGUGGCGGGAGAUGAUAUCAAUAUCGUUCCUGCAAUGGAGCAACGUGUUAAUGCACAUGAAUGCAGACCUCUCUUCUCUGGUCUGAAACAAUGCAGCUCCAUUGAUUUCUCAGAUGCCUGGAUAAAUGAUGCCUCUCCAUACUUUCCCCUUUCUGGAGACAGCAAAUAUGAAAUUGAGCUUCGUCCCACUGGUGAGGUCUCUGAGUACACUGCCACCAUUAAAUAUACAAAUGAGGACAUGGUUGACAAAGUCACAGUUGAUGUGGAAGCUGAGGGAACGCUCACUAAGGCCACAGCCAUGAUGAUGUUCAAUAGAAAGGAUUACACUGUUUCUGCUGAUCUCCAGAUCCCCGAAUACCUCAAUGUCGGACUUAGAAUUGUUACUGCUGACCCACAUUCCAUCACGAUUGACCUCCUUAGCAAUGACGUAUCUCAGGCAUCUUUGGUUGGUCUGGCUAAAAUUGACACAGAAAAAGCCAUGUUGCAGGUUCAGCUGCUUGUUCCAUCUCUUCAGGCUGAUGCAAAAAUUACUACCAGUCUAAAGUAUGCUGAUGAUCUGACACUGGAGUUUGAAAGUGACCUCAGGUUGCCUGAGACGACUUCCGUGCAGAAACUCAUUCUAACAUAUGAUGAUGAGAAAAUUGAAGCUGAUAUUAAAUCGGAUGUCAGCACUGGAACCAAGACCAUUGCUGCUGAAUUUGACAACAUCAAAGCACAGAUCAGUGACCUCCUCAAUCAACAAAUUGGCCAGACUGAAAUGAAGGUCCUUCAUGUGCUGACCUCAGCCGUUGAGGCCACAAAUAGCUACCUUGAAGCUUCUAAGAUUCCAUAUGUGGAAAACCUAAGGGUCCCUUCCUUCUCAGAGAUUGCUUUGCCUGAGAGACUCUUCUUGUAUAUGGAGACUGGAGCCAAUUACCACUUUGGCAAGGAUUACUACACGAUCACCUUCCCCAUGCCUCUUGGUGGAAAAUCUUCUAAGGAUCUGAACUUCCCUCCUGCUCUCACUACACCAAACCUAGCAGUGCCUCAGCUUGGCCUACAGAUUUCCUCCAUUGAAGUUCCCCUUCCUGAAAUACUUGUUCCAGAGACUUUCACUGUGUCUUUGCCAAGUCUUGGAAUGGCAGAAGUUUCUGGUAAGCUUAGCAGCAACCUUUACGACUUGGAGGCAACUGCGUCUGCUGGUAGACAGUCUUCUGAGCAGCGAAGUUAUUCUGCCAGUGUUGAAGUAAUUGGAACAUGCCCUGUGGACAUUCUCUCCCUUAGAGUUCAAGGAUCUGCUCGGCUUUAUGAGACAUCAAGUGGUACUCUAAAGGCAGAGGUGAAGUCUGCUGUCUACCACAAGCUCAUUGAUGCCAGUGUCAGCAUUUUUGAGGAAGUAAAUAUGGUGAAGGAGAUUAGCAUAAAAUCAAGCAGCAAGUUUGAUGCCACUGGUCCCUUGGGUAUAGAGGCUUCUCUGGAGCACACAGGCCAAGUGGAAAUCAGUACUGAAGAAAUCUCUGGGGAUAGCAACUUAAAGGGAACCUUUGUAACUGGGCCUGUUUCUGGUGGUGUCAGUCUCACCCAGUCACUUGCUCUCUUUCCAUUCAGGCCAAAGGCAAGGAUUCAGUCUGAUUUGAAAGUAGAUUCAACUCUUCUUCAGGCUCAGAACACAUUUACAACAACCUAUGCUAAUGGAGAGUUAUCAGUUCUAUCAAACACAGAUGCUUUUGGAGACGUACUGACCCACACUGCUGAAGUAACCAUCAGGAAAUCCACGUUUGCUGUGAAAUCAGACGCUAAGGCAUUGGCUCUUGGCCUGAAGAUCCAGAACAUUGCUGAAGUAAGCGUUAGCGCUGGAGAUGUUAACAUCAAGUUUGAGACCACCACUGACCAUCCUGAAGACUAUAUCAGGUCUCUGAUCACUGCAACUCUGAAUGCUGAUGGCCUGGCUGUAAACAGUAAUGCAGCAGUCAAGCUGGCUGAACACACUGCUACUCACAAAGCCAGUCUAGCCCUGAACAAAAAUGGCUUGGCUACCAAUGGUACCACUUUCUUGAAUAGCCCCCUGGUGCUCAAGAAUACCUUUAGUGGUGUUCUUGAUUCCACUAAGGCUUCUUUUUCAGUCAAGACAAAGAGUGAAUUUGUAGGGAUCGAUCUUAAUAAUGACAUCUCCAUGUCUGCUACUACAUCUACUGUCGAUUUAGUUUGUAAAUCCCAAGGUUCAUUUGACAAGUAUUUGCAGUACGUAAACGAUGUUCAUGUUCAUGGCGAACCUUAUUCUGCUGCUGUGAAUAUUAACAAUGACCUGACGAUUCUUGCUGUCAAAAUAAACAAUGAGGCUAUGUUUAAGGCAGAACCCUACAAAGCAGAUCUUACAGGUACUUUGAAACUUGCCCUUGAUGCAGAUGAGCUGAAACACACCUAUGAGAUCAGUUAUGCAGAUCUGAUAGCAACUGCUAAGUGCAGUACCACUGCAAAACUCAUGGGAGCUCACAUGAGCCAUGACACUGAAAUGGAGAUAGCCGGACUUGGUGUCAGAAUCAAUAACAAUGCCAACUUCAAUUCCCAACCUGUUCGCUUUACCACAACUCUUCAAGCCACAGCUGUUCCAUUCAGCUUCAACCUUAAUGCCCUUGCCAAUGGAGAUGGAGAAUUGAACCUGUUUGGGAAACAGAGUGCCCAGGUUUACACAAAGUUCCUUCUGAAGGCAGAGCCACUUGCCUUUGCACAUUCCCAUGAAUGCAGGGUCUCAACUAAACAUGAGUUGAACAGUGAUGUCAUUAUUGAGACUAACUUUGAUAAAAAGGUUGACACUGUGCUUACACCUUUUGAGCAAUUAGCUACAAUUAGAGUGAAAUCUAAAAUAAAUAACAAUGAAAUCAGCCAAGAUGUCAGUGCUUAUAACAACCCUGAAAGGAUUGGAGUGGAAGCAUCUGGAGUGUUCAUCAGUGGUGAAAUCCAAGAUGUCUCCUUGUCUGGUUUUCUGAAGUAUGAGAAGAACACAGAGAGCCAUGCCAUCAACCUGCCAUUUAUUGAGAGUCUUCCAGAAGUCUUGGAAAAUAUCAAAAUCACAGCUGUGACCAUAGCUGAGGACUUGCAAAAUUACAUUCAAAGAGAAGACUUUAUAGUUGAGAUUCAAACCCUUCUACAGCACAUUAGUGACUUUGUGACUGACCUGAAUCUUGAAGAAAGAAUUAUCCAGCUUAAAAAUGACCUGAUUACAUUUGCUCAAGACUGUCCAAUCACUGUUGAGCAUUUGGAGGCUUCUGUGAUGAAAUUGAGGUCUGUUGCGCAGAAGGUCAUAACUGAGUUAGGUACUCGUGUCAGUGAAGUAGAGGGAAUUAUGAAGGAAAUUGUUGCGAAUGGUGAUGUCCAGAAGCUAACUGAAAAGCUUAAGGUACUCACUGAAGAAUUUGACAUCAACACUGUGCUCCUUGCUGUCAUUGAAGCCUUUAAAGAUAUGGUCAAUCUCAUAGCUGUUAUACCCACAGAUGAUGUGAACAAGAUGGGUGAUACUUUAAAGCAGCUGAUCAUUGAACUGGACAUCGCUGGCAGUUGUAAAGAAAUAUCUGACAGUGUAAGAGAAUUUUUUGUGAAAUAUGAAGUUGACAAGAAGAUUGAAGCAUUCCUGGACAAGAUUGUGGACCUUAUUAAGCAGUUCAAGAUUGAUCAAACAGUCCAAGGCCUAAUUAACACUUUGAAAUCUGUUGAGAUCCCUGUCACAGGUAUAUUGAAUAAAGCCCUCACCUAUCUGAAGACAACUGAGAUAAAGGAAAUAAUUGAAGACCUAAACACAUACCUUGAUGCUUUCAUCCAAACAAUACAGUCAUUUGAUUACAACGCAUUUGUAAAUGAGGUCAAUCUGAUAAUCACAAAGUACACAACCAAACUAAAUAAUCUUAUUGCAUCAUAUGAGCUCCCUCAGAAACUUGAGGCAGUUAGAGAAUUUAUUAACUAUGCCCUGUCAUCUGUCUCUGCAUUUUUUAAAGAGCUGAGAGCCUUCAAAGUCACAGAUGUCAUUAAGACUUUAAAAGACACAAUAGACAGUGGUGUCCUUAAUGACAUUAAGGAAUUGGCUGGGACAUUCAAACAGAAAAUUACGGAUAUGGACCUUAGAGAACAAAUUCUUCAGGCUUUGGAGUUUGUGAAAGAUAUCUAUACUGAGGUCCUGACUGAGGUCACUGAUGACCUUGAUGACAUUUUUGACAUCACCCUUGGCGAUGAACCAAUUGUCACUGAACUGAAACAAAUUAUUGAAGGCAUUGUUGAUGGCCUGAAGACAGCUGAACUUGAGUUCCCUUCUUUCACUGUUCCACUCACUGACCUGGCUCUUCCCUCCAUGAAAUUCAGCUUGCAUCAACUUCAGGAGAUUGAGCUCCCAACACAGUUUGAAAUUCCACAGUUCACCAUUCUGGGAUCCUACACUGUGCCACCAGUCUCCAUCACAUGUGAAUAUAUCAAGCAGAGGCUUAUGGAACUCAUUGACUUGAUUGUAAACUUUGAAAUUGAGAUACUAACCAAUAAUUCUUACUUUGAAGAAAUUUCACUGAACUACCUGCCUGACUUUUCUGCCAUGACAUUGCCAGAAAUUUCUAUUCCAGAUAUUUCCUUCCCUGCCAUCCCCACAUUAGGUGAUAAGUAUGCACUUAAUGUUCCCCUUCCGCUUCCAAAGAUACAGCUGCCUAAAAUCCCUACUGCAGUUGUGGUGCCUACCUUUGGAAAGCUUUACAGUGAGAUCAGACUCCGUACUCCCAUAUACACUCUCAGGACUUCGGCUGAAAUCCAGAAUUCCACUGGCAAUGAACAAAUGCAUCAUUUUACAGCAUUCCUAACCUCCAUUGGCGAAUCUUCAGAGUAUCCGGUUCUGAAUUACAAUCUAGAUUGCACAGCCCGUAUUGGUGUCCCAAGAAUGAGUCGUCUUAUUAUUGCAGAGACCCUAAAGUUCAUACAUAGUGCCCUUACUGUUGAACAUCAGGCAUCAGUAACCUUCUACGGCCUCUCUGCGCAGGCCACAGCCCAGACGAUUAUGAAGGCAACUACCACACCAUAUAAGGCAGACAUUGUCAACAGAGCCUUCUUUGCAGUGGAAGGUGGAAUGUCAGCAUCUCUUGAUACAACUUACAAGCACAAAGUAGAUAUCCCCUUCCUUUCCAUGACCAAUGAGGCUACUCUGACCCAGUCUGCAGUUGCUAUACAGAAAGACACCACCAUUAGUGUGACAGUUGGACAAAUAGGCACUGGCAAAGUAAAUCUUCCUGAUUACUCUGAGGAGGCCUCCUACAAGAGCGAUCUGCGCUACACUAUGGAUCUACAAAAUGUAAAAUUCACCUUUACUGAAGACUUUGACAGUGCCACCCUGAAAAUUAAGGAUACACUAAAUGUUAAUGCUGUUAUGCUGAGCCACAUUGACUUCAAUGGCCAAAUUGAGACCAAAUCUUCAUACAUAAAGAACAGUUUGUUGGUUGCAUCUGGAAGGGCGCACCUUGGAGAUAGGAAAGUGGAGCUGGAAGCAACACAUGACACAGAACUUGUUGGACCUUUAAGUGGUACUCUGUCCAAUGCACUGAACAUCAUGGUACGUCCUGUUGAGAUUGUCAUUGAUUUCCAGAACAAGGGUAAUACCAAGAUCACGCUUAUAAAAUCUCUCUCUGCCAAGAUAGAUCUUCAGAAUGACUAUUCUGUUAUUGUCAACUCCAGGACGCAACGUAUCAAUACUGCAGCACUUGUGCGCUUCAACCAGUACAAAUAUGGCUACAACUUCACGAUUGACAACAAGGAAUCUGAGUCUGGCAUUUAUGCUACUGCCAAUGGUGAAACAGACCUUGAAUUCCUGACUGUUCCUCUCAGCAUUCCAGAAAUACCUGUUCCGAUGUUGGAUUUUAGUAUUCCAGCUAUCAGUGACCUUAACCUGUAUGAGCAUAGUGGCCUAAAGCACCUGUUGAUUACAACUAAGCAGGCUAUUGAUGUAGACGGCAAAAUUGUCUACCAAAAGAGUAAGUUUCCACCAAUCAUUGAUCUUGGCUUUAUUAGUGUUCCUGCAAUAGGCAACUUAAAUUCUGAGGUGUCUUUCAAGUCCUCCAUUUUCAACCUAAAUGCUAAUGCUGGAAUACAUGGAGAUGAUCUUGUCAUCCGCGUUGCUGCUACCUCCACUUCUGUGCAUAAACCACUGAAGGCCAAGCUUGAAGGAACCAGCGGUCUGACCCUAAAGAGAGGUGUGAAACUGGCCACUACUGUAUCUCUGGAGAAUGCUCACUUCAGUGGAAACCAUGACAGCACUCUGACUCUGAACACAGAGAACCUGGAGGCUGCAGUAGCUGUGAGUACAUUCGCAAAGACCAAACUGCCUAUUCUUACCAUUGACGCUAACCACAACUUCAAAACGGACACCAAGACUCAUCUAAAGGCAGAAUCCAUUCUAGACAUCAAAUACACUUAUGACCUUCCCAUUAUCAAGGCUGUUGGCAAGGGUGAUGCUGAGCACACCUUCAAGCUAGAUGGAGCCUUUUCCUCAAUUUCUGUUGAGUCUACGGCAAAGGGCAAGAUUGAUGGAACACUUCUUCAAGCUGGCAUUGUGAAUGGAGCUUUAGAUAACGGGGCAAGCAUCUACAUGGAUAGUAGAGGACUGCGUUCCAACCUAAAGACUGAUGGUAAUAUUUAUGUUAAUUAUGCAGAUCUGAAGGUGGAGUUUGAUGUUAAUGAGAACCUGGACAUGGAGGCAGCUCUUGCUCGUGUGUACACUGUUUUGAAUAUUGCUUCUAACAAUGAAGUCAACAUUGCAGCCCUCAAUACAAAGGGUAAACAUGCUGUCAAAGCCACUAUCGACCUGGCUCCUCUAACUGCUGAUGUGGAGUUUGACCUGUCUCAGCCAAGCAACUUUGGUGAUCUCACCAUGUAUGAGAAAACAGUUGUAGAUCUCCCGAAGGGAAUGAUUUCCUAUUCCACAAAAAUUGUCUCUCCUAUAUACACUACAAAUACUGCUAUAGAAGUGGAAGGUGAUGCUCCAGUCUUCAAAGUUGCUCUUAAAUCCUAUGCCAUAUCUCCUUUUGUGCUCCUGGGAUAUAAUCUGGACAGUUACAUCAGUACUACAAUGGAGAAUGAUGUUCUCAGUGCAACUGCUAAGGCAUUCUUGGAGCAUAAUGAUUUCAUCAUGGACUUCAAUAAUGUCAUUACAUUAAGUGAACCAAGCCAUACCCUGAAUGUAGACAUCACCAGCCCAACUUUCACUGAUGUAAACCUUCGUUAUGCUGCUCGGAGAGAUGGAGUGAGUACAUCAGUUUCCACACCAUCCGCUGGCUUCCUUGGUUUUCAGCUCCAUGGCAAGAUUCCAUCUGAGAUGUAUAUGCGCCUCUAUGGCCGCUAUGCGUCUGCCCUUGAAAAUGAUAUUGACAUUUUCACAGCAAAAGUGGAUGCAACAGGAGAUGAAAAAAUAAGUGUCCAGGCAACUUACAACCUAGAAGCGCCCAAAGAGAUGAUCCUAGGCUUGCAGGCAAGGUUACCUUUCAUCACCUCCAGCAUUACAAAUUUUGGUGAAAAAUAUGGUAUUUGUAGUGCUGUGGAAGGACUGAAGACAACCAUUGUCAGUGCCCUUACCGAAGUCUUCACCGCUGCUUCCAGUCAUGCUCCUGAGCUUAGCCAGCUGUCUAUUCUCUUCAGAAAUGUAGUUGUUCAAUACCAGAAGGCCAUUCAGAAUAUUCUUAAUGCUGCUGCCAGAUUUCUGAGGGAGACCCAGAUCAAGCUGCCUGGUAUGGAAGAAACUACUUUGCCUGAGAUAUGCAAAAAAAUCAAAAGCAACGUUGUCAAGGUGGUGCAAGAGAUCAUUACGGCAAUCUCUGACAAUUUUGAAGCUUACUUUGCCCCUAUUAUUAAGACCAUCGGCACAGUUGAGUUAAUUCUGCCCUCUGGUGGGAUCAUGACUGGAGAUCAGAUUUAUGUGUCUGUGAGGACUCUCCUGAGGGAUUGCCUGACUCGGACUGCGAAAAUUGUGGAGCAGCUGGAGAGCCUUGACAUGAUCCUCGACAAGCUGGGUGACACCCUUCAGGAGGUUGUUGAAAAGGCACAGGAAAUUGUUGAUAACAUCAGAUCUGAAGUCAUUGAUGCUGUUGCAUUGUACUUCAACAUAUACUACACCUCUUUUGUCACCUUGGUCAAAGGACUGAUUGAGAAGGUUGAUGCUUUGCUGACCAUUGACCAGCUCAAUGCCAUUGUUGAGAAGUGCAUGGAGUCAGUCUUGUUAUUUCUUAAUGAGCUCAAACGUGUGGUCUCUGACAUUCUUCCAGCAGAGUCUGGGGCCCUAAUUAGAGUUCAGGAUGGAAGGCUAGAACUUGAGCUGCCCUUCCCCUUCCAGCCUUAAGACGGUCCCUCUGAACAAACAUAGCAUAUGAAACACUGCUUUCUGAUAAUGUUUCAGAGUGAUGGACAAAUGAAAAGGACAUUUAAGCUUUACCUUAGUAUGUAUUUAAAGCAGUUUGUGCUAUCUUGCACACCUUAUUAAUACACCAUUGUGUUAUUCUGUUUGUGUAAAUGAUAACUGAAAUAUAUCAUCAAAGUGCACAUCUUUAUUGUUUCCCUCUUUCAUGUAUGUUUAAAACCUAUAUAAUGAAAUGUCUCAAACACAAUAAAGACCAUGUAUUGUGCAGUGGC